AUGUCCUAUGCCAACCGUGCUCUUAGAGUGUGUUAUGGUCUCUUUGCAACCAGAGAUUUCUCCAAAGGCGAUUUCUUAUUGGAAUAUAGAGGGGUACACAGACCUGAUACAGCUGCUGAAACAGAUGAUGUUGAUAACACCUAUGUGUUUGAGUACAGACAUAAUGGGAAAGAUAUGCUGUGGGAGUUCUGGAUGCUGCACCAUCUGGCUCAAAUGUUCACUGGACCGGAUGAUUUGUACAGGCAUGUUCAUAGAUGUAAAUUGCGACCAGAUGUUGAGGAUGAGGAUGAGACCUGUGAACCACCCAAGAAGAAAAAAAGAACCUUACAUGUUCAAACUGGUAGAAUGAUGCUUCCAGGCCCAUCAGGAGUAAGCCCAAAGGUGCACAUGAUAUUAUCAAUGGGAGUCGAUGAUGAAAUAUUGAGAGUUGUGAAAUCAGAUAGAUUAAUGCAGCAAGUAGCAGAGAGGCUGACAUUGAAGCAUGGGCAUGACAAAGACCAGUAUUCAUAUAUACGGCAAAAAUUGCGUGAACUUGCACGACUGGUUCGUGAGUACAGAAAAUUGAAUGAUCACCCAUCGGCUUCAUUAGUAGAUUUGAUUUGUCCUACCAAAUUUAAUGAGGUCAUAGCUGCAACUAGGAAGGCUGCAGGAUUUAAUGAGGAUACACAUUUGUACACAACACCUAGCCUGGCACUGAAAGUCGGAUAUACACUGGUGACGGCUGCCAAAGUCCUUAUGGGAAAUGCUCUGUUGCAAGCAGAUGCUGGUUUGGAAAAGAAAUGCAAACAGUUCAUCAAAUCAUAUACUCUCAAGUGGGAAGCAGAAGUAAGCACACAUGCACUGCGUACAUUAAAAGUAAACAAGAGAAAUACAUCAAGGCUGCUUCCUUUGACAACAGAUGUUGUUGCACUGUCCAAUUAUGUGAGAAAAGAAACAAAAGAGGGAAAACAGAAGCUGAACAGCUGCAGUAGUGAUGAGACCCUUGACAGAUGGAAACAGUUGGCUGAGGUUACCCUGACCCAGGUGUGUGUUUUCAACAGGAAGCGUCCGGGAGAAGUUUCAAAGAUGCCCCUCAGUGAUUACAAGUGUAUCACAAAAGGAGAAGGUGGAAUAUUUGGUGAAGGCCUAACCAAAUGGGAAAAGGCGUUGUGCAAUGUGGUAUGGAGGGUGGAGAUUAAUGGGAAAUGCAAUAACACUGUACCCGUUUUGCUAACAGAUGACAUGAAAGGCAGCAUUGACUUGUUGAUGGAGAAAAGGUCACAAGUAGUCAAUGAUGGAAAUCCCUACUUGUUUGCAAACCCCGAUGGAAGAGGCCACUUGAGAGCAACUGAUACAGUGCGAAAUCAUGCCCAAAAGUGUGGAGCAAAGUAUCCAGAUCAGCUUAGAUUGACAAAACUCAGGAAGCACAUUGCUAUCAGCUCUCAGAUCAUGAAUUUGAAGGAUAAUGAAGUGGACUUUUAG